GCCCGGGAUCGGGACAGUACGGGAGCCGGAGAGGCCGGGGAGGAAUGGAGACCGGAGGGGGCGGAGAGGGAGCCGGGGACAUCUGCUGUCUGUCCUACAACCAGGACUGCACGUCCCUGGCUAUCGGCAUGAGGUCGGGCUACAAACUCUACUCUCUGAGCAACGUCGAGCGUCUGGAUCUCGUGCACGAGAGCUGGGAGGUGAAGGAUGUUUACAUCGUGGAGCGCCUGUUCUCCAGCAGUCUGGUGGUGGUGGUUAGUCACGCCAAGCCGCGCCAGAUGAACGUGUUGCACUUCAAGAAGGGCACAGAGAUCUGUAACUAUAACUACUCCGGCAACAUCUUAUCCAUCAGGCUGAACCGCCAGAGGCUGAUUGUGUGUUUGGAGGAAUCGAUCUACAUCCAUAACAUUAAGGACAUGAAGCUGCUGAAGACGUUGCUGGACACCCCCCGGAACCCCCAUGGCCUCUGUGCUCUGUCAAUCAACCAUUCCAACUCCUUCCUGGCCUAUCCUGGCAGCUCCUCCUCGGGGGAAGUCUCCGUGUACGAUGCCAACUGCUUGAAGUGCGAGUGCACGAUCCCGGCCCACGACAGCCCCCUUGCUGCUAUCGCCUUCAACUCUACGGGAACAAAACUGGCCAGUGCUUCAGAGAAAGGUACGGUGAUUCGCGUCUUUUCCAUUCCUGAGGGGCAGAAGCUCUAUGAGUUCCGCAGAGGGAUGAAGAGAUACGUGAGCAUUAGCUCUUUGGUAUUCAGUAUGGAUUCCCAGUUCCUUUGCGCCUCCAGCAACACUGAGACCGUCCACAUCUUCAAACUGGAACACCUGCCCGACAGGCCAGAAGAGAAUGCCACAUGGACAGGCUAUGUAGGAAAGAUGUUUAUGGCUGCUUCUAACUACCUCCCGGCACAAGUCUCCGACAUGAUGAACCAGGAUCGCGCCUUCGCUACAGUUCGACUGAAUUUUUCGGGACAGAAAAACGCAUGCACCUUGGUCACAAUUCAGAAGCUCCCGCGGCUCCUGGUCACGUCGGCCAGCGGCCACCUCUAUGUGUAUAACUUGGACCCACAGGACGGGGGCGAGUGUGUCCUUAUCAAGAAACACAGCCUGUUGGGUUCUGCCAAGUCAGAGACCGAUGGAGACAGCGACGCCGAGAGCCCGGUACCUGUUACCUACGCGGCCACCGUAGCCCGGCCCAGCUCUGCCCCGCCCACAUCCACCAUGACAGGUUACUCCGAGGAUGUGGGCGCCCUGCGGGGAGAGAUUAUUCCGGAACACGAGUUGGCGGUUGGACCCAUUUGCCUGGACGACGAGAAAGAAUUCCCACCCGUGAGCAUUAAGAAACCCUAGAGCCAAUAGCAGAACUGGGUCAGUGGCGCCGAGGCGGAACCAAGUGCCGCUGGAUUCUAAGGGACAAUCGGCCUGAGGUUCGGCCGCCGCUCCUGUGGGUUCGGUACCUGCCCUGGUCCCACCCACUUGGUUCUGUUGCAUAAGUGCCGGUUCUGGCAGCCAUAUUGGGUCGCAGAGCAGUAAUACAGGUGCCUUGCGGAUGUUUAUUGCAAACAGUGUUACGCCCACAGGAGAAGCACAAAGUAGUUCCGUCUUUUUAUUUUCAUUUUAUAGGGGCGACCCCCACCCCCCCAAGCGGCCAUUUUUGUGCUCACUGAGCAAUUCCUAUGGGGGAGCUAUUCCCUGCGCCCCCUGCUGGCCGACUUACAUUUCCUCACAUCACCUUUUUAUAAUACUAUGCAUGCCGCCAUGCCAAGGCCUUUUCAUUUGAAUUUAAAGGUUACAAAUAUAUGUGUAUAUAUA